AGAAUUUUUAUUUAGUCUUCGCAAUUCUGGACAAGGAGGUUCCUGUGACCAAACUCUUGGAUAUGAAUAUUUCUAAAUUAAUACAACAAAGUAUCCAAAAAAAAUUAAUCUAGUUAUUGGGAAGAACUUGGAACAGUCCUGAACUAUAACAAAAUAUUUAAUCCUACUUGAACUCCUUGAUUAGUGAUUAAUUUGAAGCUUUACCUACAACAAUCAUGCCAAACUGCAGUCACAGCUUACCGAGUUCUGAAGAUCAAAUCAAAGGUCUCACAGCUGGUGAUGUUGUUGUCACAGUAAUACUUAAUGUAGUGGCAAUUGUCAAUUAUGCCAUCUUCAUUGAGCUAUGGAGCUAUUUGAACAAAAACACUGCAAAUGAUGCAAUUAAAGAGAAGACCCUCCUAGUCCUUGGCUUAUUUCCAGUAACUACAGUUGCCUAUCAACUGGGCACAUUUGUUCCACGAGCUGGAACUUUGGUCGACUUUGUGGCAGCAGUUUAUACGAGUAUAUCUUUGUUCGGUUUCUUCCACCUUGCUAUAGCUUACCUUGGUGGAGUAACUGAAGCUGUUGAUAAGCUGCAGUAUGUGGAGGCAUCUCUAAAUGUGGGCCCUUGUUGUUGUUGUUGCGUGUGUCUUCCGAAAGUUAAGAUAACCAGAAAAACUUAUAGAAUCCUUCGAUUUGGCAUUUUACAGACAUUAAUUCUGCAACCAGUGCUUCAGUUUAUUUCUGCUGUUUUGUGGGCUGAUGGGAAAUAUGACAGUGGAGAGGUCAAUUCAACCAACCCUAUAUUCUAUAUUAAGAUCCUGCUCAAUAUAUCUGCGUUAAUGUCCCUGUAUGUAUUUAAUCUGUUGCUGAAGACUGCAUUUGGAAUUGUAGAAGCAGGCUAUCAUCUUGUGGCUAAAUAUGCAAUCAUUAUUGUCUACAUCAUCGUUAGCAAUUUACAACCAUUAAUCCUUAGCUGCCUUGCAACCUACAACAUCAUUCCCUGUGUGACUUUGUAUUCCUCAAAAGACAGAGCUUCACAAAUAGAUCACCAUCUGAAAAUCCUGGAAAUGUUUCUAUUUCUUCUUGUAUCCAGAAAGUAUUAUCGGAAACAAUUGGCAGAAGCUUCACCGUUGUACUUUGAAAACCCACUUCACAAUAUGUCUUGAUUUGAUGCCAAUGGAUAAAUUAUGUUUAACACUAACGACUGAGUUAUCUGUUCAAAAACUGAAAUUUGAUUUAAUAAUCUAUAAUUUAGUAAAACUUGACAUAUUUUUCAUUGUGUUGUCAACAAUAAUUACAAAGAAAAGUUUAUGUCUUGAAGAUCAGAAGACUUUGUUUUCUUUUACAUAGUUGAAAUGUGAUUUUCUGUCUGCUGCCUUUUCCACUUAACUUAAUUCCCAUAACUAGUAAGCAAAAGACAAAUAUUCCUCCAAUGCUAAGCUCAACCUUGUGUUUUAUUUCAGUUUCUGCCCCAUCUGUUCUCAAGCAUUCUACAAAUUUAUCUAGUUCAUAAGUCUUACUUUUGACUUCCUCAAUGUUAUUCCCACUGGACGACUGACCACUAACUUCAAUCAAUAUUUUUAAUAUUCUCUAUCGUAAGGUUCUAUUUUUCUCUCCUUAAAGCUGUUGUUAUCAUCACUCUACCAUUGCAACCUACUGUUAAAUCCCUUUCACAUGUUGCAGCCUCCGAAAAUCAUGUCCAUUUUACAGAGCUGUCUGAAUUCUUGGCCUGGGCAAAACAAUGUAUUUUUUAAUUUUAUUAUGUUAAUUUAACCAUUCCUACCAUUUGGGAUGUGGUCCUCAAUUUUAACCUGAGCUAAAAUACUCAUUCUCACUGCAAAAAAAAAGUCGGGACAAUGCCUGUGGCAUGCUGGUUUCAAAAUUUGGACAUUCCCAGUCUGAAAUGUUCCAUUGAUAGCAUCACAGAGAAUGACCUUGGUGUGAUGAGGAAAUCACCUAAUGCUGGGGGUUCCAAAAUAUGGGCACAUAUGAGGCCAAAAACAAGCUUGUAAUUUAAUUAUUUUACUGCCAUUGUACCGUCUUUAUAAAGUAACAUUCAACUUAAAAGUUCCACUAUUUCUCUGUCCCUUUAAUCACAAGAGAUUGCUAUCUAUUCCUGCAGAUCCAUAACAUGGUCAUAAUAAUGAGUAUCGAGUGUAUAAAUGUUGUCUGUAUUUAUUAGAACCGCAGUGCUGCUGAAUUGGAAGAUAAGAUUAGGCUACACACAAAUCACUUAAAAUUAAAUCAGGUUAUGAUUUUUAUUUUCACUAUCAUCUGCAGCAUUAAUUCUUUCUUCACUGUCAAGAACUCAUUUGCAUUAGAAUUAGUAAGGGCGUGGUACGAGAACUAAUUGAAGAGUAGAAUCAUGACAACCUUCACUCCACCAGCCUGUACUGCACGACUGGAGUAUUCUGUGUACCACUGUUAAACUGUGACACCAGCAUCUUAACUCCUCUUCCCAGCAUUCUCUAAUAAAGCCUCUUCUGAGCACAUGGCAACUACAUAAGUGUGGUCAUUACCUGAUUCUUUUAUUUUGCCUCUCUUGUAAUUUGCAUACAGCCCUGGGUGAAUGUUUUCCUGUGUUGUAGAUGGUUGAUAUAACAGAGAUGCGUAUGGCUCCAUGAGAGGGCAGUCAUCAGCUUCAUAGCCAUAGACAGACCUGUGCAGACAGAGAUGAUACUAAGAAAGCCUACUACCCCUUUGGGAAGAU